AUGGGAAACAUCUGUGAUGUGGCGUUAGUGUUCUGUUUUAAAAAAUCGAAAAUUAAUUUGUUACAAAUAAAAGAUUUCUUUACAAUUGCAUAUGGCCCAUUUGGCAUGAUAUUUAAUAAUCAAUUAUUUUCCUCCAUAAAUAAAUUCAGGUUUUGUGUUGGAGGUUUACACAAAGUGAAUUCUGUUAAAAGCAUGGUGGAACAACUAAAAUUUUUAAUAUUAUUAUUUGUUUCAUCCACAGUUAAUUCUAUACAACAAACAGAAAUAAUUAAUACGACAACUAAUGGAUACAUACAGGGGUUUUCUAAUGAAUAUGCAGAAGUCUUUUUGGGCAUACCAUAUGCUAAAGCUCCCACAGGAGCUUUAAGAUUUCAAGUUCCACAAGCAUAUAAAAACGAAAACAAGCAGAACAAUACAGUAUUUCAGGCAAUUGAACCAGGAGAUGGUUGUAUUCAAGAGUGUACUCUACCAACGGGUGCAUGUCCCAAAACAAUGAGUGAAGAUUGCUUAUCACUUAAUAUUUAUCGACCGAGAAGAAAAUCUGGCCAAGCAUUAACUGUAAUGAUAUUUAUACACGGCGGUAACUUUCUUAGUGGUGCCUCAGCCGUUCCAGCAUAUGAUGCCUCGCAUUUAGUUAAUUUAACAAAUGUGAUUGUCGUUACAAUAAACUAUCGGUUAGGUGCAUUUGGAUUCUAUUGGAAUAACGGUUUACCUGGUAAUGUUGGUUUGUUAGAUCAACAAUUAGCUAUGAAAUGGGUUCAAUAUAAUAUUAAUUCAUUUGGAGGUAAUCCAAGUAAUGUGGUCCUGUUCGGACAAUCUGCGGGAGCAACAUCGAUUUCUUGUCAUUUGCAAAAUUUAGUUGUUAAUAAAGUGCCCCAACCACCAUUAUUUCAUAAAGUUAUUAUGGAAUCAUUUCCAAUUGGGAUUCCAUUACGAAGUACGGAAAGUGCAGCAUCGUUUAAUAAUGCGUUUGCUGCUUUCGCUGGAUGUCUAUUUGAUGUUACUUUAUGUUUACAAACGAAAACUCCUGCUGAAAUAUUAAAAGCACAAAAUUUGGCUCAGGAUUCUAAUGUAGUAUUAGAAACGAAUAAGCUGUUAGCCAUUGGUCAGCCAUGGGAACCCACGUUAAAUUUACCCACAUUUCUACUGACUAAUAAUCACCCAGAAUUUUUUGUCCAAAACAGCAAUCCAAUCAACAUACCAAUUUUAUUGGGUACAACUUAUGAUGAAGGUACAUUGUUUAUUUAUGACGCUCAAAGACAAACAAUUAAAUAUACUGAUUUACUAGCGUAUAUUGGCGCUUUAUGGAACGUAGAAAAUGUAAUUCCAAUUAAUCUACAAUAUAAAAUCAAUUUUGCAUUAGCUGAUUAUCAUGAUGUAUUGAGCCAAAUCUUAGCUGAUAGCGUAUUUACUUGUGCAGCACGCUAUAUUGCUCAGUCAUUAAGUUUACACAAUUCAAAUUUAUAUUUAUAUGUGUUUAAUUAUCUUUCAAACUACAAUACAGAAGUACUAGCAUACGGUAAUUCAAGUUUUAAACCACAGUGUUAUACAAAAGUUUGUCAUGGAUCAGAACUGCCUCUAGUAUUUAAUUCUGAUUUUGUUUUACCGUAUAAACUGACUGAAGAAGAAGAAGGUCUGAGUCAAUUAAUUGGGAGAUAUUUUACAAAUUUUGCUAAAACUGGUAAUCCAAAUUCUGAAUUAUCGGUAGGAGACGAAAAAUGGCCGGUAUUCCAGAAUAUUACAAAACAAAAUAUUCUUUUAACAUUGCCAAAAUCAAUUACAGCAUCAAAUUAUCGAGGUGCGAUAUGUGAUUUUUGGAAUAAAUUAGGGUAUGAUUAA